CGACGAUGCUAAUGCUGCUAUGUGUGUGACUAUAGUAUGCAGGGGGGGAGAACGUUGCUCCGCUAGCUAGGUCACUUGCUAGGCAGCUACGUGCUAGCAAAGCUAACCGUAACCCUCAUUCUGCGAUUCAACGUCGAGACAAGUCGGGAUAAGACCAGUCUCAGAGUUCACCAUACUCGAUGAGCGGACAGCGCAAUGUCAGAGCGCUCUGGGCAAACUGCAAAGGGGAAGGAAGGCAAAACCAAGUAUGCGUCCCUCAACCUGUUUGAUACAUACAAAGGAAAGAGCCUUGAAGCACAAAAGCCUGUUGUUCCCCCCCGCCAUGGCUUGCAGUCUCUCGGUAAAGUUGCUUCUGCCCGGCGUAUGCCACCCCCUGCCAAUUUGCCAAGUCUGAAGGCAGAGAAUAAAGGCAACGAUCCCAACGUCUCGCUCGUUCCCAAAGACGGCACAGGAUGGGCAAGCAAACAGGAACAAGCAGACCCAAAGAGUACCGAUGCGUUGUCAGCACCGCAGCAGGAACCGCAGCAGCCUGUGGCUUCACAGACACCUGCACCCACCCGCCCGAAAACCCCACCAGCUUCAGAGGUGCCAACAGUCACAGCUACCGCCGCAGUUUCAACCCAGGCCGUAGGGGCAAGGUCCUGGGCACAGGCCAGUGUUACACUUGGAGUACAAGGGGAUGGUGGAAAGGCAUCAAACCUACCGUCGCCAUUCUCUCGCGAGGAAUUUCCCACCCUGCAGGCGGCUGGCGACCAGGACAAAGCUGGCAAAGAACAGGGCACUGCAGAUCAGUGGUAUGGGCCCGGACCAAGCCUCCGCCCCCAGAACGUUACAAGUUGGCGGGACGGUGGGGGCCGAGGCCUGGCACCCACCCUCUCUGGGGAGGGGGCGGCAGAGGGUGGCAAUGGUGGGGCUCUAGUGAUGGAUGGGGCAGCCGGGGUCCCACCUCAGAACUUGCAGUCCCAAGUGCCACCUAGGAACCCUCCCGCAGGCAGCCCCGCCAUGACCUUGCCUCAGCCCGCUGUUGGGCCUGGGUUCUCCCAAUUCCGAGGAAUCCUGCCACCAUUCAUGUAUCCACCUUAUUUACCUUUCCCGGCAAAUUAUGGUCCUCAAGGCCCUUACAGGUUCCAACCUCCCGGAGAAGGACAAGUUCCAAGGUUCUCUCGGUCGCAGGGUGGUCCUGACAGCAGGUCUCACAUUCGUCCACGUGACACAGGUGGAGAGGUGGUCAAACGACCCUCCAUCCUCAAGCAGGAUGACCUAAAGGAGCUUGAUGAGCUGGAUCACGAUGGAGAUGAGGGCUGGGCAGGGGCACAUGAGGAGAUCGACUACUCCGCCAAGUUGAAGUUUAGUGAUGAUGAAGGCGAUGAUGAGGGUGAAGACGACACAACAGAGAGCAAGAAUGACUCAAAUGAGCAGCAAAAACCCCAGGAGGCUCCCUCUGCAAUCUCAUGCUCUCGUGCCUCAGACAGCAGUGGAGAUAACCGUCACACGCCUCCAUCAAACACUGACGGUGACCCCCAGACUUCCUCCAACUACCAGGACCGUUCCCUUAACCAGAAUGCCUCAUCAGGCUCCGGACAUCCUGGCCACACACAGCAUCACCCAGCAGCAGGUGGCCCGACCCCUCCUCCGCAGCCUGGACUUCUGGUCCAUGGGGUGCCGGCAGAUGAUGAGGAUGAGACAUGGCGUCAGCGCAGGAAACAAUCUUCCACCGAGAUCUCUGCUGCAGUAGAGCGAGCUCGUCGACGUCGCGAGGAGGAAGAACGGCGAAUGGAGGAGGAGAGGCGUGCUGCGUGUGCGGAAAAGUUGAAAAGGCUGGAUGAGAAGCAGCAGCAACAAAGCAGCAACGCAGGAGGAAGUGGGAACAAUAAAACACCCAGCCUUGAUGGAAAUUCUACGACUGCCACAACCGGCAGCAUUAGUCCAUCCUUGUCAGCUUCUGCAUCUUCCCCCAACAUCAGCCAGCCCCCAUCGCCAUGUGUUGAACCUGAAGAGCCUCCUGCACUAGCUGUGCAGCCGGGAGCAGGUCUUGGAGUUAGUGACAGACAGCGAGCGAACAGCAACAGUAGCUAUGAUUCCAACUCUGAUGCGCAACAUUGCCCUCAGCCAGCUGUGUCACAGCCACAGCCGCCUACGUUGGAUAUACCUUCCCCGGUAGACAAAGAAGAGACAGUCUGCCCUCCUCACACUCGAUCUGGAAGUGGAGGUGAAAGAGGAGCUGAACCAGUGAAGAUCGACAAUAUCGGUGGCGGGUCAGGCCGUCAAGUAAUUGGCCCUCCGGGCCCGGGUUACUCCAAGUACCAGAAGUCCCUGCCACCUCGUUUUCAGAGGCAGCAGCAGGAGCAGCUACUGAAGCAGCAGCAACAGUGGCAACAGCAGCACAGUCAGACAUCCCAAAGCCAGAUCUCCCCCCAACCCCAAGCACCGCAGGGUCCUUCUCCAGUUUCAACUCCCCAGCCGGGGACUGGACCUAAGCAGGGUGGACCACUGUAUCAACCCAGCAGUUUAGUUCGGCCAAUGCCAAUGAAUUUUGACCCACGCUGGAUGAUAAUGCCCUAUAUGGACCCACGCAUGAUGCAGGGUCGUCCACCGCCUAUGGACUUCUAUUCGGCUGGCAUGCAUCCAUCAGGGCUUAUUGGGCGUGAGCGGUCUGACUCAGGAGGAUCUGGUUCAGACCCCUUUGACCGGCAACAGCAGCACCCAGGGCACCCUCACCGUGGUACUCCCCCAAUUGAUCCCAAGUUGUCCUGGGGGACUGAGGUAUUCCCUGGUGGAGGGGAAGCUUGUGGGUUAAAUUCUCCUCUGAGGCAGAGGCAGACAUCAGAGGAAGAGGAUGUGACCAAAGGGGCCAGGGGUGACACUCCUCCACAUCGCAUUCGAGAGGGUGGAUUGGGACCCAUCAAGCAACCUAACGCAAGUUCUGGGCCAUCGAACCAGACACCACCUCCUGUUAGUGCGGCGGGAAGCAGCCACCACCCUCAUCAUUACAUGAGUGGUCAGGGCAACUAUAACAACUUUUCCGACCAAGGUGCAAGGAUGCCAUCGCACCAGCAACCGCAGCAGAGAGCUGGUGAAAGGGGAGCCCACUCCCAUGGCUUUACCCAUCAGGAUGACGUCCCAGGGCGUGGAUCUCAGUCAGGCCAGUUAUGGGGGACCCCACACCCUCAUUAUGACCGUAAUGGUCGUGCAGACCACCCGGCUGUAGAUGGUAACUCUCAUCAACACCACCAUCACAAUCAUCACCCUCAACAGCCUCACUACAAUGUCCAACACCAUAAAGCUGAGAACAGCCAUGACAGAAUAAGUGAGAGCCUUCCAAAGAAGACCAACACUUGUCCCCCACUCCAACAAUCUUCCCUUUCCUCUUCAUGCUCCUCCUCCUCCUCUUCUGCUUCUACUAGAGAAGAUGGCGGGGCAAAGGCCACUUUGCAUCAUCAUCAUCAUCAUCAUCAUUCUCACAGAGAAGGCGAAGCUGGUGUUGGGCAAAACCUUAGUGGUAGUACUGGCAAUGGCAGCCAUGCAAAACAUGAAAAAACUGGCUCUUCAUAUGCUCCACAUGGUGCCAUGACCGCGAGCCCACCUCCCGCUCAACACGGCAGUCUCUCUCAGCCGCAGCACCAUUCCCAUCCGAGGUCAAACCACAGGGGAAUGCGGGACCACAAAACGGAGACACAUUGGGGUCCUCGCCCUGGCAGCACCAAUACAGGUGGGCCGUCCUCUCACGGCAGGAGGGGGGGCAACAAUGCAGGAGGUGGGAACAAUUCUCGUGGUGGCGAUGACUCCUCUAAUGCUCCAGUGGAGCACAAGCCCAACAGUCAGACAGGAGGCGGCAAUCCCAACAAACGGGCUGGUCCAAUCAAGAAGCCGGUGAUGAAAGAGACAAAGAAAGAGGGGGGAGAAGGUGAUGGAGGAGAAAAAGGAAGCCAAGGAUUCGGUAAAGCUAAAGAGAAGGAUGGUGGCCAGUCCACGUCAAUAAAGCAGGAUGCCUCCACCGCCCGUAGCACAUCAGCUCAAUCGGGUAAAGAAGAGCUUGCUAUCACAAUAAAACCAAGGAAUGGAGGCAAAGAACGGCCCCCUGCAGGAGGAGGAGGAGGAGGAGGCGGUGGUGGGUCAGGUAGAGGGCCCAAAGAGGCAGACACCACUUCAGGAUUUUCAGGGUCCUCUUCUCGGAGGGACAGAGACCGUUCUUUUGAGAGAAGAGCUACCAAUUCCCACAAUCAUGGCGUCUCCAACAAAGCCACCAGAGGUAGUCGGGGGCGAGGUGGAGAGUUUUACGGCCGUGGUCGUGGUUUUAGGGGUACCUACACAGCCAGUGCGGCACCUACUGGCAGCAACCGUGGCAGGAUGGGUGGCAGGAGUGGCAGAGACUAUCGCACACCAGUCGCUGGAAGCCACCAUCACGAUUCAAAGGGCGAGGGCCCUGGUGGUAGACAUGGUCAAGAUAGAUCCCAGCACAACCCAGCCAGAGCCAGGAAUCGCAGUGAAACGCGCAGUGAAGGCUCAGAGUAUGAAGAAAUCCCCAAGAGGAGAAGGGAGAGAGGCUCUGAGACGGGCAGCGAUAGUGGGACAAGUGAUCAUGGUCAUUUGGAAAAGGACAACACCCAGAAAGCCAAUACAAAGAAUGGCUUAGGUAACACCAACACUAGCAGUGGCAAUAUUUCGUCUGCGCCAAGAGGUUCACAUGCUCGGGUUUUCACCCCGAGGGGUGUGCCAUCAAGGAGGGGAAGAGGAGGUAGUAGCGGCGGAGGGAAUAUCUACAGGAAUAGUGGCAAUGUUGGUGGAACACCUGGAGGACAUAGGAUUGCACCCGGGUCAGCCUCUCAUGUUGGGUCCUCAAGGCAGCCAAACUCAGCACGGAGGCAGCAAGCCCUGACACAAACCUUGGGGCACAAGGACUUGGGCAGGGGAGGGCUUAGUUUGGUGAAGAAAGAUAAGAAUGCAGAUGGGAAUCAAACUCAAAGUCAUAUAUCGAAUCCUCCGCCACCAUCUUUGUCUACAAAUAUAACUCCUACCACUCAAAAGUCCACCGACAAUGGUGCUGUUUUGACCCAGCAAGCUUCAGCCAAGUCUGCUUCUAUCCCCGGGGUGCCAAAUUCAGUGCAUCCUCCUACUAACCGCGGGUUCCCGCCAAGUGGGUUUGAGCGACCCAAACGCCGCCGCCACGCGCGUUCCCAACAUCAGCAGGACAAGCCACCUCGCUUUCGGAGACUGAAGGAGCGAGAAAAUGCUGCACGAAUCAAUGGUGGAGUGGGGGUCAUCGGGGGAGGACGGCCUGCCUCUCCUUCCUUAAACUCAGUUCAGGACAGUAACGGAACCACUGUCACUACUACGCUUAUUAGUAAUGCCCAGAAUGCCAACCACAACGCUUCGCUUCCAAGCAACAACAAUAAUGCUGGUGGCCACCUCAGCAAUGCAAACAACCACCACCAUCACCACUUCAGCCAGGGAAGCACCGGACCGACACACCCGCAGCACCACCACAGCCACGGAGCAAAGUCCCCGGACUUUACUAAUCAGAACUCAGACCAGGCCAACGAGGAGUGGGAGACUGCGUCCGAGAGCAGCGACUUCACUGAGUUUCGAGACAAGGAGGGCGGAGGGAAGUCGUAUUCCUCUCACCAUCACCACCCCAUGGGGAAGGGACUAGGUGGAGGAGGAGGAGGAGGAGGUGUGGUCGAGCGAGAGAUGGCAGGAAAGGAACCCCAAGCUAACAAAAGAAGCUUUUCAAGCCAGCGACCUGGCAUGGAGAGGCAAAACCGGAGGGUUAACGUCGGAGGAGCUGGAGGGGGAGGAAGAGGCCCUCGAGGGCCAUCUGGCGGCGGCGGCGGCUCUAGUGGGACUGGAAAUGGAGGUGGAAAUCGUGGAGAGAAGCGGGGCAACUGGCCCUCCCCGAAGAAUAGAAAGUGAUAGAAUAUUUCAAAACAUUUCAGAUAAACUGCACUCACUUUAAACCCAACUCUUCCAUUUUUAAACCUGUUUUGAUUUUUUUCAUUGAUUUAUUAAUUCAUGUUCGCAUCCCUAAACAUAUUAGUGCAUUGUACAGUAACGGUAUUCCACGUUCACGUUAGCAGACCCCGCCCACCCAUCAAUCCGUUAUCCACUCGUCCUUUUUGUGUUCAUUUCCCCCUUUUGUCCUGCUUUGCCCUGAGUUGUGCCCUCCUCGCCUCCCAAAAUCUCACCGAAGCCAGUCGACACAUAACAAGCCAGUUUUAAAAGGAGUUCACAUACAAGCACAAAAGUUUGCGUCUUCAAACAUUGAUGUGAAAUGAUUGUCGAAAGUAAUUGGCAGAACUUAAAAAUUGGGCAAACUUUUAUAUUCAUGUACGUGUGUAUAUUUCUACCACACUUUGGCCUUUAGGUGGUGACUAGUAGUCUUGGUAGUUCGGCGCUACUUCUGUCACAGAGGAAAGGUGCAGCUCCUUCUUAACAGAAACAGUACCAAUAUACCAUAGCACUCAUUUUGCUUUUCAUGGGAGUUUAAGUGUGUGCGUGCGUGCGUGCGUGUGCGUGCGUGUAUGUUGUAACAGAUGAUAAAACAGCCCUCAGUUACAUUUAUUGUUUUGGUUCCCUGCAAGCAAGUUUGUGAUAAAUGUCAUGUGACCCAUGUACUACUGUUCCAUGUCACCUUGUCACUAGUUUGUCUUUUAUAUAUUAUAUAUACAUAUAUAUAUAUAUAUAAAUGUUCUGCUGCUUGUGUAUAUGCUGGUUCCCCCUACCACACACACACACUUUCAGCCUGCUUUGACAUUUAAUUUGGAGUCCUUUUUUAUAAAAUAAAGGCUUUUUCAGUCACACCGUAGCGUCCCUUACCUGCCGAGGUUCUGCACUCUGCAAAAAAAACUCUUUCCUUUACCCAACUUCAUCAUUUAUAACAGUUCUUUCAUCCAAAAUGUCAUUUUUUAAAAAUAGAUUGAAAAAAAACACCCAUUUCGUUCUGUCUGAGGGAAAAUGAAAAAAAAAGAUUUGUCGGUUUUAUGGGUAAUAUGUUGUUAUAAGCACUCCUCGUAGUAGAACAACAAACUUGGUUGCUGUAUUUAUGUUUUGGGGUUUAGUUUGCUUGUUUGUUUUUUUCAUUUAGUUGAGCAAGUUACAUGUCAUGCAACAAGGGCAGGUACUCUGUCUGGGCCCAGAGUACAAAGAUAGGCCGAGUAUUCCAACUCCUCUGCUGUUGUGCAUGCGUACGCUGCACCCCUGUGCUAUUAUUGGACUUCUCGCACCAAGAGAGACUACCAGGAGCUCCUUUAUCUGAGGGAGGAUUUUUCAAAAAUGCGCGUUCUCUCAGGAUGGCAACCAAGAAGUUUUUGAAUUCAGGACUAUGCUGACAAGUUGACAAAAUAUCGCAUCAACAAGAAUUCACCAAUCAGGAAAAAGGCUUGUAAAGUAGUCUCACACUAUAAGACAAACUUGCACAGAGCUUCAACCCUGAGACCACAAGGCGAACUAAAUACUCCUCUGCAUCAAUCCACUGCUGUAAGUUGGGGUUUUGUUUGUUUACUGACAGUAACGGUUGGAAGACGACUUUCUGGGAUGUUGCGAGUAGGGCAUUUAGUGAUGUGUGUUUGUGUGUGUGCGUGCGUGCGACUGUGAUGUGUUGGGUAUGUGUGUUUUUUCUGCUAUCUGUUGUAAACUUGGGAAGGACUAGAGGGUGACAAGAAUGGCAAGCACUUGAUUGAAGCAAUGUUGUCAAUUAUACUGUUUCGUUAUUUUUUAAAAUACAUAAGCAGUGGAGAGACUCACUGUUAGUAUGGUUAACGUACAAGUAACAGGCAAGUGAUGCUUUAUCUUUUCACUAGAACUUUCUUCAAGCAUGAAUACACAGCCAUGUGUGCAGCUUGCCUUGCCUGUCACUGGUUUCUGCAUUGGUAGCUGUAUUAUUAACACUGGCUCAAAGAGUCCUCCAUCCCUCCUUAACUCCUGAUAUUGAUGUGUGCAUUAUUUAUGUACCCAUGCUAAAAGAAAACAAAGUAGUAUAUUAAAAAAGUUACUCGGAAGAUUGUACUGUUUCCAGCAUUACUGAGGUACCUGGAGUGGUCCAUUCUGUAUUUUAGCAUUUAUGGUUUUAUUAAUGGAACCGUAAUAUACGCACAUGUAUGUAUAUUGGUAUGUAUCUUAAGUUUUGUCUAUCCCCCAACUUACAUUCCCACAAAUAAAUGUUGCCAUUUUUAGUUCAAGGGAGCAAUGUACGCGCAGAGAAGUGUCUUAUUAUAAUAAAGUUAUACAGAAAAAGGCAAAAUUAAAUAAACUACUUUUGAUUAAAUGGAA